AACUGUUAGUCAAGUUAGACACACAUGGCCAAGCUAUCAUAGGAAGUAAGACAGGUUUAGCUCAUAAAUUAAAGUGUCUUGCAUUGUCUCAAAGGGCCAGCACCGUAUUCGCCAACAGGGAGGUUUUACUUUGAAAGUGUACCGGACGUGUUACUUUUGCUGUAGAAAGAGCAGCAGUCAAACGUGUGGUGUCACUGUCGGAAAACACAGGGCUACAAACAAGACUACGCUCCUGACAUAACAGCUGAGCUAAAUCCGGGAAAAAGGCGGUGAAACGACGCUGGUACAUGCCGUUCGAUCCCCGGUUGCCCGGUGAGAUGGAUGUCCGACAUGGGCUGUAGACUUCUGCGGCGGGACUGAAGAGGAUGGGCCCAGUGUCCCGGUAUCUGAGGAGAUGUCUUUGGGUCGGCUCCUGCGGCGUGCCUCCUCCAAGGCCUCCGACCUCCUGACCUUUAACCCAGGGGCGGGGGGCUCAUCGUUACGUCCGGGCCUGGAUGGCGAGAUCAUCUUCUCCAAAAACAAUGUUUGUGUGCACCCCGCAGAGCCCCUGCCUGGCCUGGCAGAGCACCACCCAGGCUACCUGUGUGUGCACACGGAGAAGGAUGACAGCCUGGGCACCACCCUGAUUCUGACCUGGGUGCCCAACUCCCGCAUCCAGAGGCAGGAUGAGGAGGCGUUACGCUACAUCACGCCGGAGAGCUCCCCCGUACGCAGAAACGCACGCCGCCGAGGCAGACGACCCCACUCCCGUCACCCAGCAGCCCAGGAGGAAGUUGAGGAUGAGGAGAGGAACGUUACCAGCAGCACCUCGGCAGAGAGCCACGGCCUGGUCGAAGAGGCGGGGGCAGAUCCGUCCUCACACCAGCAGCAGCUGCCCUCAGCGGGGGAGGAGGGCGACGAGGGCUCCUGCGAGCUGUCGGACGAAGUGAGUCGGGACAGUACCAUGGGUUCAGACUCGGACACGUUCUCCUCCCCGUUCUGCCUGUCGCCCGUCAGCGAGGCCCUCUGUGAAAGCAGCGGCUCCGUCUUCCUGGACAGCGAAAGCAGGGAACUGUGCGAGGAGUCCAUGACCCACUCUGCAAGCUUCACCUCCAGCCUGGAUAGCCACGCCCCCUCCGAGAGCGGCGGCCAGUCGCAGUGCAUGCGUUGGGAGGAGCAGCAGAAGGUGCUGGUUCUGGAGCAGUUGUGCGGCGUUUUCAGGGUGGACCUGGGACACAUGAGGUCGCUGAGACUCUUCUUCAGUGAUGAGGCUUCUACCAGUGGCCAGCUAGUGAUUGCCAGCCGAGAGAGCCAAUAUAAGAUCUUACACUUCCAUCAUGCUGGCCUGGACAAGCUGGCUGAGGUCUUCCAACAGUGGAAGUGCUGCAGGGAAACUCAACUCAAAGACCAGGUGUCAGAUGAGAAAUCGUGCAUGCAGUUUUCCAUCCAGAGGCCCAUCCUGCCGUCGGCUGAGACCCACCCAGAGGAGAAGCUUUAUCGCCGGCUGGACGUCACUACCUGGCUACGUCACCUCAACCACAAUGGGCAGGUGGAGGAGGAGUAUAAGCUACGCAAGGCCAUCUUCUUCGGUGGUAUCGACCCAUCCAUCCGUGGCGAGGUGUGGCCCUUCCUGCUGCACUACUACAGCUAUGACUCCACCUCCCAGGAGAGGGAGGCCUGGAGACUGCAAAAACGCACCCACUAUCAUGACAUCCAGCAGAGGAGAUUGUCCAUGAGCCCGGAGGAGCACAGCGAGUUCUGGAGAAAGGUCCAGUUCACAGUGGAUAAAGACGUGGUGAGAACAGACCGCAGCAACCACUUCUUCAGAGGAGAGAAUAACCCCAAUGUGGAGAUUAUGAGGCGGAUUCUGCUCAACUAUGCAGUGUUUAACCCAGACAUGGGCUACUGCCAGGGCAUGUCUGACCUGGUGGCCCCCCUGCUCACUGAGAUCCAGGACGAAAGCGACACCUUCUGGUGCUUCGUCGGUCUCAUGGAGAACACCAUCUUCAUCAGCUCACCGCGUGAUGAAGACAUGGAGAGGCAGCUGAUGUAUCUGCGGGAGCUGCUGCGUCUCAUGCUGCCCCGCUUCCACCAGCACCUGACCAGGCUUGGGGAGGAUGGCCUCCAGCUGCUCUUCUGCCACCGCUGGAUCCUGCUCUGUUUCAAACGAGAGUUCCCCGACACCGAGGCUCUGCGCAUGUGGGAGGCCUGCUGGGCACACUACCAGAUGGACUACUUCCACCUGUUCCUGUGUGUGGCCAUCAUUGUUCUCUAUGGCGAGGAUGUGACAGAACAGCAGCUCGCCACUGACCAAAUGUUGCUCCACUUCAGCAACCUCUCUAUGCAUAUGAAUGGGGAACUGGUGCUACGCAAGGCCCGCAGCCUUCUAUACCAGUUCCGCCUGCUACCCAGAAUCCCAUGCAGCCUACAUGACCUUUGCAAACUGUGUGGCCCGGGGAUGUGGGACAGCCGCUACAUCCCCACUGUGGAGUGUUCUGGUGAACACCCUGACUCACAGAGCUGCCCCUAUGGUGGCACCUCCACCCCCCAGCCCUCCUCACCCUCACUGUCAUCCACGCCCUCGCCAAACUCCACCCCCACACCUCCACUGCGGGGCAAGAAAGGCUCCAAAACCCGGGAUAUUUUCACCUUCCGGAAACAGUCCUGAGGCCGAGGCCAUGGGAGCGUUGCUGUUCUUGGCUCAUGUUAGUACAGCAAAGGUUUGUUCCAUCUGCUGGAUUCCUGAACUGUUUGUCGCCCUUUGACUCCUCUCCCGAAGUCCCUGCCUCUAGUUUCCCUAUCUUACUGAGGAUUAUUGUAACUUGAUCUUUUCAUGUGGUGCAAUGUGGAACACUGCCUUACCAGAAUGUUAUUUGCAAUGUUCAGCAUCACAUAAAUCCAAGAUGAGGACGGUUUGCUACUGGACGGGCCGGAAGUCAAGAGUCUGUUUUCAUCUUGGAGCAGAAUAGACAAUCACCAGGCGCUAUGUUGGUCUGGAGCUACUUCAGGUUUGAGUCUGCUGCUGGCUUGGCAUACUUUCAUGGGCUUUGUGGGCAGGGGUCACAUCAGGGUCUGAAGCAACCGGCAUGAAAUCGUGCAGACUCUGACCGAGGGUCAAAUGAAACUGGAGAUUCAUUCACAGGACUUGAACUUCAACUUUUAAAAAUGUUGCAGUGUUCUCACAAUGGAAUAUUUGUGUGAAUAUCAAAUGUGCAUAUCUCAAGUCUGAGCAGGACAUUUUUAACAAAGAACAGUUAACCUACAAAUAGGAUUAUAACAAAUUUACUGGUAUUUUUUUCUUUUUUAAUUUCAUUUUCAAACAAGUGAAUGUUUACGUUUUAAAAUAGCAGUUACAAAUAUAUUUAGCAAUAUUAUAUCCUUGCAUGAGCGAUUCUUGACAUAUAGAUGGCACAACUUGUUUGUUAGGAAACACUCAAGCCCAAAACAGAGGUAAGAAUGUGUUUACAUGACAAACACUUUUAGGGCUCUGCAUAUUUCCUCAUCAGAUUGUGAAAAGGAACAUUCUCAUAGUUUUUCUCUGUUUAUAAUGUUGUUUCCCGACAAGCAGGAUAAAGCUAGGCAUAUGUUUCCUUCUGAUAAAAGUCAGACACAAACAUUAAUUUUACCUGUCGAGCAAUAGGAACAUAAUCAUUUACACAUUACCAUCAUAAGAUAUCAUUUCCUGUUUGAGGUGUGGGAUGGAUAUGACAGCGCUGGCUGCCAAAGAAAGCAUAGAUCAUGUUUUGAUCCUGACAAAAAAGAUUGACAGCCUCGUGUUUUCUCUUACAUUGUGUCGCCUGUGUUGAACCAUGUUCAGACAGGGUUGUGAAAUAACGUCAGCACAGUGUUUUUUUCUUACCUCCAGAGUUCUCUCCACUUUCACCUAAAAAUGAAUGAAAACACACUAUCAACACUAAGAAUCAGUCCACAUGAAUGUAUCUGUUGUUUGUUUUUUUAAGUGUGUGUGUGUGUGUGUGUGUGUGUGUGUGUGUGUGUGUGUGUGUGUGUGUGUGUGUGUGUGUGUGUGUGUGUAUAUAUAAACUGGAGUGACCUCUAAACAUCUGGUAAUGAGUUGGAGAACAGCCGUAGAGGCCCCCCCCCCCCCCACCCCCGACCAGUCUCUUUAAUUAUAACAGUCAUCAUAGGGAGAAAAAGAGAAAAAAAGUAAAGCUGGCUGUUUGGUCUCUUCAGAAAAAAAAAAAAUGGGAGAGAUGGAGAGGAAAGUAACGAUUUAAGCGUCACACAGGGAUAUAUAGUGAUCUGCAUCUUGGCUCUGUGAUUUGCAAGUCCCUGAUGUAAGGUGGUCUCCACUCUGAGGCUUUUCCCUGAGAGCUUUUGAGUGACACUCCUGGGGCUGAAAACAUCUUCAAAUUGCUGCUAAAAUGUAACAUUAAGACCUUCAAUCAAACCCCCCUCCCCCCUUCUCUCACUCUCUCUUGUGGUCUCGCGCUCUCUCACUCAGCAAGCAGUCUUUGCAAAUGACAUUCAUAACUGCUCCUUUUCCCCCAUUAGUUAUCAUGUGCAGCUGCUUGCUGGAAAAGCCUGCAGAGUUUUGAAGAUUGGGUGGCUGCGUUGAAAUGAGCAAAGUCAGAGAUGCACGAUGGGAAAGUAAUCAAAGUGUGUGUGUGUGUGUGUGUGUGUGUGUGUGUGUGUGUGUGUGUGUGUGUGUG